AUGGCGGAAGAGGCCGAGGUGCAAGAGGGACAAGGUGGAAAGAGGGGCAGUGGACGAAGGGCAGUGAAGGCUAUACAGAGUCAGGGUGGCGCAAAAGGGAAAAGAAAAGCUGCGAGCGAGGCUGAUGCGAAAGUGAGAAAAGCGGACCAGCUUGCCGCUUCUGAGUCUACGAGUGGACAGGACAGGAGGAGGAAGUCGAAGAAGGUGGAUGGGCGCGAGAAGGGUGAAGCGGAGGAAGAGAGCGAGCUUAGCAGCGCAGAAGAGGUGGUGCCGAUUCGCAAGAAAGCAAAGGCGUCCCAGAGCACAGGCAAUGGCAAUGGCGCCGACGAUGGAAAAGUCUCUCACAGACCCCGCGGCAAGGUUCCCUACGCUUGGCACCCUUCCGCUCCGCAGGGAGGGCCAGCUUCGGAUACUUUGGCGGACGAGUCUUUGCCCAAGAAUAUGAGCGUGCCGGACGAUUUGAAGCUGGACAGAGCGAGAGGGGAAUUGCCGAAGGAGCAAAAGAGGAUUGUGGUUUGGAACAUCACUAGUCUGAACAGUGCGGAGAAGAAGGGAAUGACGAGGUAUCUGAACGAGGAGGAUGCUGAUUUGGUCUUUUUAAGCGAGACGAAGGUGAGUGAUGUAGAUUGAGACUCGAGACUUGGGAGCGCAAGGAUGUGGCACUGACCUGCAUGGAGCGCUUCGUUGCGAACUUUUGAUUUCCUCCUGAGUCGUUCGCAGUGCAACGAGAUUCCCACAUUCAACUCGUUCAAGACGUUGUAUCCUCAUCAAACCUGGAGCGUCUCUUCAACAAAAGGUUACGCUGGCGUAGCUCUUUUGAGCAAGAUGAAGCCUCUCAGCACCUCGACGACGCUCAAGCUUCCUCUAAUAGACUCGUCCGAAGCACGCGCGGUGCAUGAACGCUUUGGCAGCGGUUUGCUUCAAGGCGUACCUGAUGACGAAAAGAUCGAAGAGGAAGAUGUAUUUGCGUUUGCCAAGAAUGGAAAGGAGGCACAGGCUUUCGAGAAGGAUGUGGCAAAAGGAAGAAUCGUCACUGCUGAAUUCGAGAAUUGGAUAGUAGUUGGGACGUACGCUGUCAAUGCUGGCGAAGGUGAGUUAGAACCUGGCAAGGUACCUCGCUGCUCGAAAGGCGGCAUCCUCUCAUCACUCGUGACCAUCGCGCCUCUUCCUCCUUCUUCGCACCCCACAUCUUGCCUCCUUCCCUCGUACGCACACACGUAGGUCUCAAAUCCCUCUCAACAAAGCGCAAGUGGUCAGCUGCGCUCUCGUCACACCUGCAAGCAUGUCAAGCGCGCAAACGCACCAUAUGGUGCGGAGAUUUGAACGUGGUGAUGGAUGCGAGAGAUUUGAGCGCGGCUAGCAAAAAGUGGAACAAAUCUCCUGGAUAUACGGUUUGGGAAUGUGAGGCGCAUAGGCGGCUUCUCGGUAGGUCCUUGACGUCGACGAAUAUCGAGGCCAGAAAGAAUGGUGAUGCGGUGGAGAAUGGAGGAGAGGAGGAGAAAAAGGUUGCUUGGACGGACGUUUGGAGAGAUUUGGUCAGUCUGAGCGGUAUGAAGCAGAUGAUCAAGGCCAUCGCUGAUUUCCCCCAAAUCCUCGCACUCUUUUCGCAUUCGCUUCCUGCGCUCUUUUCAGCAUCCCAACCACGUCGGUCAUUACAGUGAGUCUGUUCUUUCUGAUCAGGCUAGACAGAUGCGAUUAUCUGAAAUCCUCCCCGGUCCACGCUUGGCAGCGUUCUAUGGCUUUAGAGGAGCUUGCAGGGUCAAAGGAAUAGGUUGGAGAUUGGAUUCCUUCAUACUGUCUCCCGGCGCAAAGAAUAAAGUCAAGGCGUGCGAGAUUCGUCACGAGGUGCGUCCCGUCGUCGUUCCUUUCCUUGCAGCAGCCUGGAUCCGGAUCUGA